GGGGGAUACGGAGGGAGGAGGAGCCGCCGCGAUCCGGAGCUGCAGCCCCUACAAAAGCUUGUGUAUAUGUGUGUCGGGGWUGGGGGGACUGCUCCCGCUCCCCCGCUCCCCCGCCGCGCACACGGGCACUCUUCCUCGUACAAUGGAGGGAGAGCCUUCCUCUCUCUCUCUCUCCGUCUCCCUUCUCUCCUCCCCGCGCUAAAGCGAGGAGGGGGUUGUUCUCUGUGCUGGGACCCCCGCGGGUGCCCUCCCGCCGCUCGGUGCCCGGGGAAGGGGCGCAGCGCCCCUGGGAGGCGGCCGGGGCGCCUCCCCCCUCCCGCGGCAGCCGGGGGUGGGUUGUUGUUGUGGCAAGUUUCUCCUCCUCUGACAGAAAUGGCGUCAAUGGCAGCGAGUGUCCAGCCUUGGCCGCUCAGCCACGAUCGAGGCUUUUACCGCAGCCUGAGCUCAUCAUGAAGGCUAUUGAUGAGCCUCCCUAUCUCACAGUGGGCACAGAUGUGAGUGCGAAGUAUAGAGGAGCCUUCUGUGAAGCCAAGAUCAAGACAGCAAAAAGGCUUGUCAAAGUCAAGGUAACCUUUAGGCAUGAUUCUUCAACAGUGGAAGUACAAGAUGACCACAUAAAGGGCCCCUUAAAGGUGGGAACUGUUGUGGAAGUAAAGAAUCCAGAUGGAACAUACCAGGAAGCAGUUAUCAACAAAUUAACAGAUGCAAGUUGGUAUACUGUAGUAUUUGAUGAUGGUGAUGAGAAGACUCUGAGACGCUCUUCCCUGUGUUUAAAAGGAGAAAGACAUUUUGCUGAAAGUGAGACAUUAGAUCAGCUUCCACUCACCAAUCCUGAACACUUUGGGACUCCUGUUAUAGGAAAGAAAACAAACAGAGGAAGGAGAUCCAAUCAUAUUCCUGAAGAAGAAUCUUCAUCCUCUUCCAGCGAUGAAGAUGAAGAUGAUAGGAAACAAAGUGAUGAGUUAUUAGGAAAAGUUGUAUGCGUGGACUGCUUCAGUGUGGAUAAAAAGAAAGCUCUGUGGUUUCCAGCCUUGGUGGUUUGUCCAGAUUGUAGUGAUGAUAUUGCAGUGAAAAAAGACAAUAUUCUUGUUCGCUCAUUCAAGGAUGGCAAAUUUGUUUCUGUGCCAAGAAAAGAUGUCCGGGAAAUCAGUGAAACUUCACCAAAGCCUGACACUUUGUUAAAACAAGUGUUAACAAAGGCUGGUUCUUCUACAGCUUUUGACCAAGCACUUGAAUUCCGUAAAAACAGAACUGUUCCUAGUAACUGGAAAACAGAAUUGAAAGAAGACAGCUCCAGCAGUGAAGCUGAAGAAGAGGAAGAGGAUGAAAAAGAAAAAGAGGAUAACAGCAGUGAGGAAGAGGAGGAAAUAGAGCCGUUUCCUGAAGAACGAGAGAACUUUCUUCAGCAAUUGUACAAGUUCAUGGAAGACAGAGGAACUCCUAUUAACAAACGGCCUGUAUUAGGAUACAGAAAUUUGAAUCUUUUCAAAUUGUUCAGACUUGUACACAAGCUUGGAGGAUUUGAUAAUAUUGAAAGUGGAGCAGUGUGGAAGCAAGUUUAUCAAGAUCUUGGAAUCCCUGUAUUAAAUUCAGCUGCAGGAUAUAAUGUUAAAUGUGCAUACAGGAAAUAUCUCUAUGGUUUUGAAGAGUAUUGUACAUCAGCUAACAUUGAAUUUCAAAUGGCAUUGCCAGAGAAGGUGACGAACAAGCCUUGUAAAGACUGCGAAAAAGUAAAAGAACUGAAGAUGCGUGAAGAGCCAGAGCAGGAUGCAAAAGAGAUUAAAGUGGACAAGGAUGAGCGCAAGCAGGAAGAAGUAGCAGUAGUACAACAAGAAGAAAAAAAGUUAGCUGAGAAGGAUCAUGAAAGUAAAGAAAAUGAUAAGCCCUCUGCUCUGGGAAACAAAAAAAAUUUGCCAGAUUCUGUGUUUACUCAGCCUGAUCAAGAAAAGGACUUAAAUGUAAUCAAAACUGAAGAUGAAACCAAAUUGGAAGAUAAAGAGGAGGAGAAGAUUAAAGAAAUGGAAAAUCCUACAGUAAAUGCAGAUGCUGAAGAAAAAGAAAAAUCAGGAGAUGACACGAAUAAGGAAGAAGAUGAAGAUGAAGAAGAAGCAGAGGAGGAGGAGGGGGAGGAAGAAGACAACAAUAACAAUGAGGAAGAAGAGUUUGAAUGCUAUCCACCAGGCAUGAAAGUCCAAGUGCGGUAUGGAAGAGGGAAAAAUCAAAAAAUGUAUGAAGCUAGUAUUAAAGAUUCUGACAUCGAAGGUGGAGAAGUCCUUUACUUGGUGCACUACUGUGGAUGGAACGUGAGGUAUGAUGAAUGGAUAAAGGCAGACAAGAUAGUGAGACCAGCUGAUAAAAAUGUACCAAAAAUUAAGCAUCGAAAGAAAAUAAAGAAUAAAACUGACAGAGAGAAAGAAGAGAAGUAUUCUCCUAAACCCUGUAAAUUGCGACGUUUGUCAAAACCCCCUUUUCACACCAGCACAUCACCAGAGACUGGGUCCAAACUUGACAGCAGUGAAGCCAAAAAUACUGAACAAGCUGCAGUUAAAUCAAUAGAAAUUACUUCUAUCAUUAAUGGGCUACAAGCUUCUGAAAGUUCUGAUGAUAGUGAGCAAGAAGAUGACCAAAGUGCCCCGAAUGUACAUGCUGAUGGCAAAGAGGAAUGUCAGCCUGAAGCCGUAAGCCAAGAUAAAAAUGACCUCUGUCUAAAAGAACAGAGUGGUUCAUCCCUCCCAGAAGAAACUAAAGCUCUUACAGAUGCAGUAGUGCCCAAGUCAGUAUCCAAGUCUCCUGAAAGAUUGCGAAAAGAGAUGGAAGAGUUAUCUGAAGACAGUGGCUCGGAUGGAGAAGAUGAAGCCACAAAGAAGAGAAAGGAUGUAAAAAAGGAGAUGGUGGAUAAAACAGCAAAACCACAAGUGAAACGUGGUAAAAGAAGACACUGUGUUGCAGAGGAGUCCUUAAAGACCGUGUCACCCAAUAGAAAGGAUGAGAGAUCCAAAAACAAAGACUCCCUUAGUUUAGAAAACAGCAGUAACAGCUCCUCGGAUGAAGAUGAGGAAGACAAAUCUAAACUGAAAAUCACUCCAACAAAAAAGUACAAUGGACUAGAGGAGAAAAGGAAAUCUUUACGGACAAGUACUUUCUACUCGGGAUUUUCUGAAGUGGGAGAGAAAAGAAUAAAGCUUCUAAAUAACUCUGAUGAAAGACUUCAGAACACCAGAGCRAAGGAUCGAAAAGAUGUGUGGUCAAGUAUCCAAGGACAGUGGCCGAAGAAAACGCUGAAGGAGUUGUUCUCAGACUCUGAUACUGAGGCUGCUGCCUCUCCUCCACACGCUGCUCCUGAGGAUGGUGCAGCAGARGAGCAGCUUCAGACUCUUGCAGAAGAAGGUAUUUCUUUGCCUAACUGUGAACUUGAAAAAUCUUUGCCAGCAAGUGUGGAUGUUAAACCUGUUGAGGAGAAACCAACUGAAGUGGGUGAGAAGAAAGUUGAAUUUCCAAGCAGCGGCAGCAAUUCAGUGCUAAAUACUCCUCCUACAACUCCUGAGUCACCUUCCUCUGUAACUGUUACAGAGUCCAGUAGACAUCAAUCCAGUGUCACUGUCUCUGAGACGCUGCCACCAAAUCAAGAGGAGAUACGAAGCAUCAAAAGUGAAACAGAUAGCACAAUAGAGGUGGACAGUGUGGCAGGGGAGCUGCAAGAUCUCCAGUCUGAGGGAAAUAUUUCUCCAACAGGUUUUGAUGCCAGCGUCAGCUCCAGUAGUAGUAAUCAACCAGAGACAGAGCAUGCUGAAAAAGUCUGUACAGGCCAAAAAAGACUUAAAGAUGCUCAGGGAGGAGGCAGUUCCUCAAAAAAGCAGAAAAGAAGCCACAAAACAUCUGUGAACAGCAAAAAGAAGAGUAAAACCACAAACAGCAGUGACAGUGAUGAACUAUCUGCUGGUGAAAGUGUGUCCAAGUCUCAGUCAGCAAAAUCAGUUUCUACUGGCAUGAAAUCCCACCAAACCAAAUCACUCACAAGAACACAAUCUCCAGGAAAAUGUGGUAAAAAUGGAGAGAAGGAAUCUGAUCUCAAAGAACAGAAUAAUCGUUUGCCCAAAGUUUACAAGUGGAGUUUUCAAAUGUCUGACUUGGAAAAUUUGACUAGUGCUGAGCGCAUAACAGUUCUCCAAGAAAAAUUGCAAGAAAUCAGGAAACAUUACCUGUCCUUGAAAUCUGAGGUGGCUUCCAUUGACCGAAGAAGAAAGCGCUUAAAGAAAAAAGAGCGGGAAAGUGCUGCUACUACAUCAUCAUCCUCCUCAUCACCUUCCUCUAGUUCCAUUACAGCUGCAGUUAUGUUAACCUUAGCAGAACCAUCUAUGUCAAGUUCAUCACAGAACGGAAUGUCAGUUGAGUGCAGGUGACAGCAGGACUUGCCAAAGCACUUUGCACUUAAUGGCUGCUGAGGGCCACUUUUUUUUUUUCUUUUUUUUUUUUAUACUGCACAGUGGCACAAAAUUCAGACAAGCACUAUUUUGUAUUUAAAGUUGUUUCUUGACAAGCUAACUUUGCACUUAAGUGCACUUUUAUGAAGAAAAAGUACAACAAACUGCUUUUCCUCAAGCAAUAAUUGUUUCCAACUUGUCUGGGAAUUGUAAGUCUAGUGACUCGAAGGCCUUCCACUGUGGCAAAUGGAGGCUGUUCACUGCCUGUAGAGACAGGACAAUAAGUAUAUAGUUGUUGGGGUGAUCUAAAUCAAUGUGGUAAGGCUUACUGUAUUCCCUAGUAUUUUGUUAAAGCUGGAACAUUUGAUAUUUUUCCAUUUAUUUAUGACAAAUAUUGAAAAUAUUUUCAUUUGUACGAGCUAAUUGUUUUUUAACUGCAAAGUCACCUUAUAGUGGCUUUAAUUGUAUACGUCAAGCACAUCUAUUCAAAACCUGCAGUUAGUAGGAUGUCUGACAUCGGUCCUGAUAACCAAAUAUGAGGAUUCCUUAAAAAAAAAAAAAAAAAAAAAGACUGACUAAUGUUUACAGGUUUGAAUUAGGCUUAAAUAGGUUACUCUGGGUUUUAAGAACCCGUUAAUUGGAAUGAAACUACUGUACUUUGCCAUUUUUCUAUAAAACAGUAUUUUUUUUUAAUUUUGAUAAAAUACAUUAUGAAAAAGAAAGAAAAUGGCUAACAAACUGUAUUAAAACUUAAUGUAUAAAGAUUGUAUUCAGCCAGUUUAAAGUGUAUAUUUAUUCAUAAUGGAUUAUAACAGGUAUAUUUUUGUGUUUUCUUGUAAAUGUUUCUUUUCCCCUUAAAGCAACAAAUAUUUCAUUUGUAAUGCUUAUUUUAUUACGAGCUGCAAGGAGAGGACUUCAAGAGGGAGUAAGGUGUGAGUUAUAAUUUGUGGUUGCUGAUACCAACACUGCCACAAAAGGAUAGUUGUUUUAAAAAUAACUAGCUAGCCGAGUGGUAGAUGUUUAAUUUUUUAAAUGCCUUGUACAAAUUCCAAAAUCAACUUAAAAAUGUUUUCACUUGUAUUGAUUUUAUGUUUAAUGGAUCCCAAGCUCUCUCCUGUUAAUUCUAUACCUUUGUAAGACAUUUGUAUAUUGCGGAAGUGUUCAUUCAAGCUAUUUAAUACCUGGCACUGUUAAUACACAGUACUUUAUUGUACAGAUUGUUUUACUGUUUUAAUUGUAGUUCUGUGUACUUCUUUUGCCUGGGGAAAUAGGGGCUGGCAUGUUUUUCUUUGUUUUCUGGCAAUACAACAUGUAAGAAUUCGAAGCAUUUUGUUUGUAGAUGCUAGAGUGUCAGAAUCCUUUUCAUUUGACUUUUCUAAGAAAAGCAUUUUCAGUCUUCGUAGUGUGUGCUUAAGGUUAUAACUGAUUUUAUUGAAAAUGGUUUCAAAGUAUUCAGAAUUGUACAGGACUGUAAAAAUUUGUUGACAGACAUUGAAGGAAAAGCUUAUAGAAAAAAGCUAUAAAAUAUAUAUUAGGUUCUGCAGAAAAUGGAGAGUUAUGUAAUAUAUUGUAUAAAUGUAAGCAAAGGCCUCUGAAAUAAAAUGCCAUAGUUUGUGAAUCCCUGAUUUUUGUUUCUAACGGUUUAAUUAAGCAACUGUAGUAUGUUCAUGAAAACUACUUCAAGCUGCAGAAUCAAUUUAGCAGAUGAUCUUUGAUGUGAUGUAAUGGGCAUAUAAAGAUAAGCUAGAGCAGG